AUGGGCAGUGUCAGCAGCCUCAUCUCAGGCCACAGCUUCCACAGCAAGCAUUGCCGGGCCUCGCAGUACAAGCUUCGCAAAUCCUCCCACCUAAAGAAGCUCAACCGGUACUCGGAUGGGCUGCUGAAAUUUGGCUUCUCCCAGGACUCAGGACGUGGCAAGUCCAGCUCCAAAAUGGGAAAAAGUGAAGACUUCUUCUACAUCAAGGUCAGCCAGAAGGCCCGAGGCUCCCACCGCCCAGACUACACGGCCCUAUCCAGUGGGGAUAUGGGGGGACAGGCUGGGGUAGAUUUUGACCCAGCCACCCCACCUAAGCUCAUGCCCUUCUCCAAUCAGCUGGAAAUGAGCUCUGACAAGGGGGCAGUGAGGCCCACUGCCUUCAAGCCUGUGCUGCCUCGGUCAGGAGCUAUUCUCCACUCUUCACCAGAGAGUGCCAGCCACCAGCUUCACCCCAUGCCUCCAGACAAACCCAAGGAACAGGAGCUGAAGCCAGGCCUGUGCUCGGGGGCACUGUCUGACUCAGGCCGGAACUCCAUGUCUAGCCUGCCCACACAUAGCACCACCAGCAGCUACCAGCUGGAUCCUCUGGUCACCCCCGUGGGGCCUACCAGCCGUUUUGGGGGUUCAGCCCACAACAUCACACAAGGCAUCAUCCUUCAGGACAGUAAUAUGAUGAGCCUAAAGGCCCUGUCAUUCUCUGAUGGGGGCAGCAAGCUGGCUCACCCAGGCAAGGUAGACAAGGGCUCCUCUUGCGUGCGUUCCCCACUCUCCACGGACGAGUGCACCAUCCAGGAGCUGGAGCAGAAGCUGCUGCAGAGGGAAAGUGCACUGCAGAAGCUACAGCGCAGUUUCGAUGAGAAGGAGUUUGUCUCUGGUCAGACCUUUGAGGAGCGGCCGAGGCGUACCAGGGAUGAACUGGAGUGCCUGGAACCUAAGAGCAAGCUGAAGCCAGCUUCGCAGAAGAGCCAGCGCACACAGCAGGUUCUCCAGCUGCAGGUGUUACAGCUGCAGCAGGAGAAACGGCAGCUACGGCAGGAGCUCGAGAGCCUCAUGAAGGAGCAGGAUCUGCUGGAGACCAAGCUGAGGUCCUACGAGCGGGAGAAGACCAACUUCGCCCCUGCACUGGAGGAGACCCAGUGGGAGGUGUGUCAGAAGUCAGGUGAGAUCUCUCUUCUGAAGCAACAGCUCAAAGAGUCCCAGAUAGAGGUGAACACUAAGGCCAGCGAGAUCCUCAGUCUGAAGGCACAGCUGAAGGACACCCGGGGCAAGCUGGAGAGCAUGGAGUUGAAGACACAGGACUUAGAGAGUGCCCUGCGCACCAAGGGGCUGGAGCUGGAGGUCUGUGAGAACGAACUGCAGCGCAAGAAGAAUGAGGCAGAGCUGCUGCGAGAGAAGGUGAACCUUUUGGAGCAGGAGCUGCUGGAGCUGCGGGCCCAGGCUGCCCUGCAUCGAGAAGCUACAUCCCUGGGGCCCCUGGGGGUUGGGCCUACUUUCUCAGAGGACAUCCCUGCUCUGCAGCGGGAGCUGGAGCGGCUGCGGGCUGAGCUGAAGGAGGAGAGGCAAGGCCAUGACCAGAUGUCCUCAGGCUUCCAGCAUGAGCGGUUGGUGUGGAAGGAAGAGAAGGAGAAAGUGAUCCAGUACCAAAAGCAGCUGCAACAGAGCUAUUUGGCCAUGUACCAGCGCAACCAGCGUCUAGAGAAGGCCCUGCAGCAGCUGGCCCGUGGGGAUGGUGCCGUGGAGCCCUUUGAAAUUGACCUGGAGGGAGCUGACAUUCCCUAUGAGGACAUCAUAGCCACUGAGAUCUGA